AGUACAUUUGCGCCUCCGGAAGUCGUACGUAAAGCGUGCGACCAGAGACUUUGAAAAUCAUAAAGAUCGAUAAGGAGGACACUGUAUUAUCUUCUUAAGGUGGUCUGAAUUCAAAACAAAACCACCAUGGCGGAUGCCACGGCUAGAUCCCUUCAAUAUGAAUACAAAGCAAACUCUAACCUUGUGUUGAGUGUUGAUCGUUCACUCAUUGAUAGAAGAGCCAGAGAUGAAGCGACUGGUGAGGUUAUGUCUCUUACAGGCAAGCUGCAGGGGACUCGAAUGGGGGACAAAGCAGAAAAGACAAAGCCACCUCAAAUGGAAGAGAGAAAAAUCAAACGACGAAAGCGAGAUGAAGCUCAACAUGACAUGGUGAAGAUGAAGGGUACUACACUUCUCUCAGAUGGCAUUGAUGAAAUGGUUGGCAUUCUGUACAGACCUAAAACUGCAGAAACACGUCAGACAUAUGAGGUUCUGCUGAGUUUUAUUCAGGCUGCACUGGGUGAUCAGCCCCGUGACAUUUUAUGUGGUGCUGCUGAUGAAGUGUUGGCUGUACUGAAGAAUGACCGUAUGAAGGAAAGAGAGAAGAAAAAAGACGUAGAGGCAAUGCUUGGUCAAACACCAGAUGAACGGUUUGCCCUUCUUGUCAACCUUGGGAGAAAAAUCACAGACUGGGGCCAAGAAGAUAAAGCUCCUAUGUCUGAUAAUAUUGAUGAAACAUAUGGUGUGAACGUCCAGUUUGAAGAAUCUGAUGACGAGGAUGCUGCAGAUGUUUACGGAGAGGUGCAGGAAGAUGAAGAUGAUGAAGAAAAUGAAGGAGAAGAAGCUAACAUUGAUGCUACACUUCAUGCAAAUAUUUCAGAAGAAAAUCGUGGAAAGUCAGAAGGAGGUCUUCAUCCAAGAAACAUAGAUGCCUUUUGGAUUCAGAGAAAGCUGAGCAAGUUCUAUCCAGAUGAUCCCACUGCAGCUCAGACCAAAGCACGAGAAGUUCUUGACAUACUUAAGACUGCAGGAGAUGACCGUGAAUGCGAGAACAAGUUGGUACUUCUCCUUGGAGUUACACAGUUUGACUUUAUUAAAAUUCUCCGUCAGUACCGUCAAAUGAUUUUGUUCUGCACCCUUUUGGCGUCAGCACAAACUGCCAGUGAGCGGAGCAAGAUUGAAGAACAGAUGCAGAGUGAUACUGAACUGGCUAAAAUUUUGCAUGCUCUUCAAGAGACAGAGCAUGAUGAUGUUGUCACAGAAGAACGAGUACGACGCCAGCAGGCCAGACAGUCUCGAGUAGCUGCAGACUUGGAGUCCAUGGAUGUUGAUGAUGAUAUUGAGGUUGGUCCUGUGCAAAUGCUGGACCUUGAAGACCUGAUCUUUUCACAGGGGUCUCACUUUAUGGCAAACAAGCGUUGCCAGUUGCCUGAUGGGUCUUACCGCAAGCAGAGAAAAGGGUAUGAAGAGGUCCAUGUACCAGCUUUGAAGCCCAAGCCUUUUGAUGAUAAUGAGUCCUUAGUCCCUAUAGACAGAUUGCCCAAAUAUGCUCAGCCAGCCUUUGAAGGAUUCAAAAGUUUAAACCGCAUUCAAAGUCGUCUGUUCAAAGCAGCUAUGGAGACUGAUCAGAAUCUUCUACUUUGUGCUCCAACCGGUGCUGGAAAAACAAAUGUGGCUCUGCUGUGUAUCUUGCGCGAGAUUGGCAAAUAUGUGAAUCCAGAUGGGACCAUCAGAGUCAAUGACUUUAAAAUCAUCUAUGUUGCUCCCAUGAGAUCACUUGUACAAGAGAUGGUGGGCAAUUUUACCAAGCGCUUAAACUCCUAUGGCAUCAAAGUGGCUGAGUUGACUGGUGAUCACCAGCUGACCCGUGAACAGGUUAAUGCCACCCAGAUCAUCGUUUGUACUCCUGAAAAAUGGGACAUUAUUACACGCAAAGGUGGAGAGAAAACCUACACUCAGUGGGUCAAACUUAUGAUAUUUGAUGAGAUCCAUCUGUUGCACGAUGACAGAGGUCCUGUACUUGAGGCUCUUGUUGCAAGAGCAAUUCGAAACAUGGAGACAACUCAAGAAGACAUUCGCCUUGUGGGCCUGAGUGCAACUUUGCCUAACUUUGAAGAUGUGGCCACGUUUCUUAGGGUGGAUUCCAAAGAAGGUCUCUUCUUCUUUGACAACAGUUUCAGACCAGUGCCUCUGGAGCAGCAGUUCAUUGGCAUAACAGAGAAAAAAGCUAUCAAACGAUUUCAGCUGAUGAAUGACAUUGUCUAUGAGAAGGUGAUGGAACACGCAGGAAAGAACCAGGUUUUAGUCUUUGUACAUUCAAGGAAAGAAACUGGCAAAACUGCUAGAGCCAUUCGUGAUAUGUGUUUGGAGAAGGAUACAUUGGGCUUGUUCCUUAAGGAGGGUUCAGCAUCCACAGAAGUUCUUCGUACUGAGGCAGAACAAGUCAAGAACUUGGAAUUGAAAGAUCUCCUUCCCUAUGGUUUUGCCAUUCAUCAUGCAGGAAUGACAAAAGUUGACCGUACACUUGUAGAGGAUUUAUUUAAUGACCGGCAUGUUCAGGUGUUGGUAUCGACAUCUACUUUAGCUUGGGGUGUCAAUUUGCCAGCCCACACUGUCAUCAUUCGAGGCACUCAGAUUUACAGUCCUGAGAAAGGACGAUGGGUUGAAUUAAGUGCUCUUGAUGUUAUGCAGAUGUUAGGUCGUGCUGGUCGGCCGCAGUAUGACACAAAGGGAGAAGGUAUCAUGAUCACCAAUCACAGUGAACUGCAGUAUUAUUUGUCUUUAAUGAACCAGCAGCUGCCAAUUGAAAGCCAGUUUAUCGGCAAAUUGUCAGAUAAUCUAAAUGCUGAAGUGGUGCUUGGCACAGUGCAGAAUGUGAAGGAGGCAGUAGAUUGGCUGGGUUACACAUACCUCUACAUUCGCAUGCUUCGCAAUCCAACCCUGUAUGGGAUCUCGCAUGACAUGCUUAGAGAGGAUCCCCUCCUGCAGCAACGCAGAAAAGAUCUCAUCCAUACCGCAGCAUGUUCUCUUGACCGUAACAACCUGGUCAAGUAUGACCGCAAAACUGGCCAUCUGCAGGUGACUGAGCUGGGCCGUAUUGCUAGCCACUACUAUUGUACAUACGAGUCGAUGUCCACAUAUAACCAGCUGCUGAAGCCAACACUGAGUGAGAUUGAGCUGUUCAGGGUGUUUUCCUUGUCUUCAGAAUUCAAGUAUAUCACUGUGAGGGAGGAGGAAAAACUGGAGCUGAUGAAGCUAUUAGAGCGUGUUCCUAUUCCUAUUAAAGAAAGCAUUGAGGAGCCUAGUGCUAAGGUGAAUGUCCUGCUGCAAGCCUUUAUUUCACAGCUGAAGUUAGAGGGCUUUGCCCUAAUGGUGGAUAUGGUCUUCAUCACCCAGUCUGCUGGCCGAUUAGUGCGUGCCCUCUUUGAAAUUGUGUUAUACCGUGGGUGGGCACAGCUCGCUGACAAGGCACUAGCCCUCUGUAAAAUGGUUGACAAACGAAUGUGGCAAUCUAUGUCACCUUUAAGGCAGUUUCGUCGUAUACCAGAAGAAGUGGUGCGCAAGAUUGAAAAAAAGAACUUUCCCUUUGAACGUCUAUAUGACUUGAACCACAACGAAAUCGGAGAGCUGAUCCGCACACCCAAAAUGGGCAAAACCAUUCAUAAGUACGUCCGUCAGUUUCCCAAGCUGGAGCUGUCUGUACAUGUGCAGCCCAUCACAAGGUCAACUCUGAAAGUAGAGUUAACCAUCACCCCAGACUUCCAGUGGGAAGAGAAGAUCCAUGGCAAUUCAGAGGCCUUCUGGAUUUUGGUGGAAGAUGUUGACAGUGAGGUGAUUCUUCACCACGAGUAUUUCCUCCUGAAAAGCAAGUUUGCCCAAGAUGAACACACAGUCAAGUUCUUUGUUCCUGUUUUUGAGCCCCUGCCUCCCCAGUACUUCAUCAGGGUUGUCUCGGACAAGUGGAUUGGUGCAGAGACACAGCUUCCAGUCUCAUUCCGACAUUUGAUUCUUCCGGAGCGUUACCCUCCACCAACAGAGCUACUGGACCUGCAGCCCCUCCCAGUGUCUGCUCUUCGAAAUGCUGCAUUUGAAUCCCUCUACAGUGAUCAGUUUCCUUUUUUCAAUCCUAUUCAGACACAAGUAUUCAACUCUGUGUACAACAGUGAUGACAACAUAUUCAUUGGGGCACCAACUGGCAGUGGGAAAACCAUCUGUGCAGAGUUUGCCAUACUUCGCAUGUUCACGCAGAAUCCAGAUGCACGUUGUGUAUAUGUUGCACCUUUGGAAACUCUGGCUCAACAGGUAUAUACAGAACUGUACAACAAGUUUGCUACACACCUUGGCAAAAAAGUGGUACUGUUGACAGGAGAGACAGGCACUGACCUUAAGCUUCUGGCCAAGGGAAACAUUGUGGUCAGCACUCCAGAGAAAUGGGAUGUGUUGUCACGUAGAUGGAAGCAGCGGAAAAAUGUCCAGAAUGUUGCACUCUUUAUUGUUGAUGAACUUCAUCUCAUAGGUGGAGAUGUUGGGCCUGUGUUGGAAGUGAUCUGCUCACGUAUGCGCUACAUUUCCUCACAACUGGAGCGUAAUAUCCGCAUCGUGGCAUUGUCAUCCUCUCUCUCCAAUGCCCGUGAUGUCGCACAGUGGCUGGGCUGUGGCACCACAGCAUUUUUCAACUUCCAUCCAAAUGUUAGACCUGUGCCCCUUGAACUGCAUAUUCAGGGCUUCAACAUCUCACACAACGCGUCUCGUGUCAUUGCCAUGGCAAAGCCAGCCUAUCAAGCUAUUGUGCGGCACUCUCCCCAUAAGCCUGUUGUAAUUUUUGUGCCAUCUCGCAAGCAGACUCGCAUCACAGCCAUUGAUGUGUUGACAUAUGCUGCUGCUGAACUGCAGACAGCAUCAGAUGAAAAGCAGCAGAGCCGUUUCUUACAUGUGACAGAAGAAGACAUGAAACCUUUCCUCGAAAAAGUUUCUGAUAAGACGCUUCAAGAAACCUUAGGGAGUGGUGUUGGCUACCUACAUGAAGGUCUUUCUGAAGCAGAACGUCGAGUGGUGGAGCAGCUCUUUAACACAGGUGCCAUUCAGGUAGUUGUGGCAACUAGAGGGCUGGCAUGGGGCAUGUCAGCAGCUGCCCACCUAGUCAUUGUCAUGGAUACACAGUACUACGAUGGCAAGACGCACUCAUAUGAAGAUUAUCCAGUCACAGAUGUACUUCAAAUGAUCGGACGAGGUAACCGACCCAUGCAGGACCAGGAAGGCAAAGCAGUCAUCAUGUGUCAGAGUUCAAAAAAAGAAUUUUUCAAGAAGUUCCUCUUUGAGCCAUUGCCAGUUGAAAGCCAUCUGGACCACUGCUUGCAUGAUCACUUCAAUGCUGAGAUCGUGACCAAGACAAUUGAGAAUAAGCAGGAUGCUGUUGACUAUUUGACCUGGACUUUCUUGUACCGCCGCAUGACACAGAACCCCAACUACUACAACCUCCAGGGUGUAUCUCAUCGUCACUUGUCAGACCACUUGUCAGAACUGGUGGAGAACACCAUUAGUGAUCUUGAGCAAUCCAAGUGCAUCAGUGUAGAAGAUGACAUGGAUGUUGCUCCGCUGAACUUGGGUAUGAUUGCAGCCUAUUACUACAUUAACUACACCACUAUUGAACUGUUUAGCAUGUCACUGAAUAACAAGACCAAGAUCAAAGGGCUGCUGGAAAUAGUUGCUAAUGCUGCGGAGUAUAAAAAUUUGCCAAUCAGACAUGGCGAGACAGAGAUUCUUUCACAGCUGGCAGGACGGUUACCAAACAAAUUAACAAAUCCAAAGUUUAAUGAUCCACACGUCAAGACCAACUUAUUGCUACAAGCUCAUCUGUCUCGCAUGCCACUUUCUGCUGAAUUGCAGUCUGAUACUGAGGACAUUCUCAGCAAGGCCAUUCGACUGAUCCAAGCCUGUGUGGAUGUGCUGAGCUCGAAUGGGUGGCUGAGUCCUGCUUUAGCUGCUAUGGAGCUAGCACAGAUGGUGACACAGGCCAUGUGGAACAAAGACUCCUACCUUAAGCAGCUUCCUCACUUCUCACCAGAACUCAUCAAGAAGUGUCAAGAGAAGAGCAUGGAGACCAUCUUUGAUAUUAUGGAGAUGGAAGACGAAGAGCGCAACGGCCUUCUACAGCUAACUGAAGCCCAGAUGGCUGAUGUAGCUCGUUUCUGCAACCGUUAUCCUAACAUUGAGCUCACCUAUGAGGUUCAGGACAAAGACAGUAUUCGCAGUGGAUCUACUGUCAAUGUUGUGGUUACAUUGGAAAGAGAGGAUGAGGUGACAGGACCUGUCAUUGCCCCUUUCUUCCCUCAGAAAAGAGAGGAAGGCUGGUGGGUUGUCAUCGGUGACCCCAAAAAUAACUCACUCCUGUCAAUUAAGCGUCUGACCUUGCAGCAAAAGGCAAAAGUCAAGCUGGACUUCUUGGCACCAUCUACUGGCCGACACAGCUACACUGUCUUCUUUAUGAGUGAUUCAUACAUGGGUUGUGAUCAGGAAUACAAGAUCAACAUUGAUGUCAGAGAAGGUGGCAACAGCUCAGAUGAUUCUGGUAGCGACAGCAACUAAUUGUUCCUAUUUACUAUAGGGAACUUGUAUGUGUAUAAUGUGACUGGUUCAAGACAGUGUGUCAAAGAAAUAGAGAAAUAAGAAGCAUAUGGUACUGCAGGAGUAUGUAAGUGGCAUACUGCACACCUGAGGCUGCAGGAACCAUCCACCAGGUGAUAAAAUUGACGAGUGGUUCAUGCUUUGGACACUGAACAGAUGUGGAAAUUCAAAAAGGGGGAGGGCAGAGAACCCCGCAAGAAAAUGUAGAGGUUGUGAGCAGAUUGUAUUGCUCACACUUUGUGUACAGGAAGAGGAUUUGAUAGUUUAUGUUUUAACUCAUUGGUACAGAGCAGAACAGUUAUCAGACUUCAUGUGAAAACUUUCUCCCCAUUAUUUCAUGCAUUGUGAAAAAGAGCUUUAGCUGAAGGCAGCUAUUCUUAGGACUGAGAUUGCCAUACCACUAACGUAGCUGGGGCAUUUUUUUUUUAAGAUGAAUGUUGCCCUUUCUUUAUGUACCUCUUAAUUUGAAUUUUGCUGUUUUCUUACUUUGUAUUUUAAACGAGUCAUCCUUGUGUGCACUCCAAUGUUUAACAUAUUGAACUUUGCCUUGUGGCAUUAUCAGUUUUGCAUAAAGUCAUAAGAAAACCUGUGGAAAAGCAUGUCACACAUUAAGCAGUAUUUUUGUUUUGUAAAAGAUAUGCAGCUGCUGUUAUUGUGGUCAUCCAUGUUGGCAGACAUUCUAUCACUGAAUCUAGAUUUUGCCGAGUGAUUUGUCACAAAUCCAGUUUCUCACUGUGAUGUUGGUGAACACCACAGACUGAAGUUAUGUGAUGAGGUUGAUUACUGGCCCUGCUUUAUCCCUAACUAGAGUGCCAUAGAGCACCCGGAAUCAAUAGCUGUAAACCAGACCCAAGACAUGAACCUUUGUAAUGGUUGAGAAGAGAACAGAUGCUUCAUUUAUAGGCCUGAAGGGAUGAACUAAUGGAGGAUCCAUAAAAUCUAAUCAUGAUCUAGCACAAUCAGCCUUCACAGCAUUAUAACAAACAUUUUCACCACAAAUGUUGCAUUGCUUUCCUCAGACUAAAGGAGACAUUUCCACUUGUUUGAACACCAAAUAUUUUUUGCAGCUUUUCAGUAAGGUUACCAAGUACAGGCUACAACCAUCAACACAAUUCACAGAGAUCAACGCAGACAUAUGACCAAUAGGAGAACUGGGACCAUAACUAUGCAUAAGUGUCCAGCCCUGAUGCCAACGACUGUUGUUGACCUGUGCAUGAUGAAAGAAGCUUGUGGCAAUUCUUGAAAUGCAUCACUGUUGCCAAUGCAAUGUAAACUUUUGUGACACAAUUGAAAAAAAAAACCAAAGCAUUGCAAAA